AUGCCAGAGGUAAUCUUGGUGUCUCCCUGUCCUAGGCUGCCCGUAACGUCCUCCGUAUUCGACGAGAACAGCAACUACUUACUGCAAGAGGAAUCUGAGAGCAAGCAUUGCAGAGACAAGGAAGGGCAGAACGACCCAGCGGAGCAGCAAGUGUUCUUGUCUUGUAGGAUUUCUGCACAGGAAAGUGAUGUCCCACCCGUCCAGAGCACUGAUGGAAGAAACGACCAUAUGGUUCAGUCAGAGGACCCUGUAGAUCAUAAGGAAGAACCCAAAGAGUAUAAGAUUGCUGAAGAUAACAAAGACCUUAAGGAAAACAGUCUGGAGGAAGCCGCACACUCCUCUCGAAAUGGAGACCAGAGGAGCAGAGCGGACAAAAAGCCGAAGGAGCAUAAUGAAGUAAAGAAGAAAGAUCGCCACGAGGGUAAAGACAAGAGGGACUCUGAGAAGGACAAAUCGCAGGAGAAAACCACAGACAGAGUAAAGGCGGAAGAACAGGAGCAGAAGAAGGCAAGUUAUGCAAAGGAGCAAAAGGACCGCUCCAAGUCCAAGGAGGACGGACACAAGGAUGGACACAAGGACCGCUCCAAGUCCAAGGAGGAUGGACACAAGGACCGCUCCAAGGAGGUUGGACACAAGGACCGCUCCAAGUCCAAGGAGGAUGGACACAAGAACCGCUCCAAGGAGGAUGGACACAAGGACCGUUCCAAGUCCAAUGAAGAAAAACACAAGGACCGCUCCAAGGAAGACAGACACAAGGCCUCUGGGCAGAGCAAGCACCAGGUAAAGGAGGAAACUCCAGACACCCAUGCACUUCACAAAGACAAUGGAAAGGACACAAAGGCUGGAGUUCUGAAGAUGACCCUAGUGGAUCUGGACCUGUUUCAGGAAGCCCUGACCGAUGAUAAGAGGCACAAGUUGAAGGACAGCACCAAGGGGAAGUCCCUGGACAAGAAAACAUCUGGCGAAAAGCAAAAGGAUCAGCACAAAAAGAGUGAUAAAGACACUAAAAGGCAUCACAGUGAGGAAACAAAAGGUAUAAAGAGAGAACUGGAAGAAGUAGUAGUGGAGGCAGAACAGAAGAAAUCAAAGGUGGAUCCCGAGAAAGACGAGAAGGUCCAGGAGAAGGAGAAAUCAAGGAGCAAAGCAAGCAAAAAGAGGAAGAAUGCAGAAGACGAGGAAGGAGACACCAAAGCCAAGAGGACCAAGGAGGCCAAGCAGAAAGAGGAGGACUCCAAGUGGAAGUGGUGAGGUCACACUGCUGUUGUAGUGGAUGAUG